AUGAGUCUUCAAGCUGGUUGUGCAAGCUUCGAGGUUGACGGGAUAGAUCUCGCGCUUCACGAGAUCCAGGCCGACACGGUGCUCGAAGUUGCGCUCGCCAAGGCCAAGUCAGCGCACGAAAUACUUCAGAGGCCGCUGCUCAUACACGACUGUGGCUUAUGCUGCGCGGCGCUGAAGGAUGCGCCGGGACCUUAUACAAAGUACUUCAACUUCACAGUGGGCACGGCAGGGUUGCUGGCGCUGAUGCGAGAUCAUCAGGACAGACGCGCGGGCUGGGACGAUGCCAUCGUUUACAUAGAUGCGAGUGGACACGCUCACAGCUUCAGCAGCCUAGACCGAUAUGG